AUGUCAAACAGAAUCACAUCCAAAGGCAAUCACUUCCCAGUAUUAAACGUAAUGAAGUGUUCUCUCAAUUGUCUACUCGUGUCGUAUCUGUCGUGCAGUUUAUUGCUGACUAUCGUAAUGGCAGCGCCAGAAGUGGGACCCAUUGACACACAAAUGGGCCAUAAAUUACACCCCAAUUCAAACAGUGCUGUCUCUAUGGACAAGAGGGCGGCUCCGCGUCAAUACAACUUCGGAAUCGGCAAAAAGUCCGACUAUUCCGCAGAUGUCAUGGAAGACAAUAGCGAAGACUCGGAUGAAGGCUAUGGACCUGAUUAUAACAAAAGAGGUGCCGAACAAAGUAGGUAAGAGAGAAAACAAUUUCGACGAAUAUAAUAAAAGGAGAUAUUCUUUUGGAUUAGGAAAACGAACACCACUUCAAGAAUCUCUUCAUAAUUAUUAUUCAGAAGAGAGACGAUAAACACAUCUUUGCUAUCAUUGUUAACAACAAUCAAAUUAUGAUUUUUAAAACUUAUUUAUUUAAAUGUAGUCGAGA